CAUAGUGGUGUUACACUAUAAUGCUCUCGACUUUAGUUAUUAAUUUGAUAUUCAGCUAUGGACAACAGACCCAGUCGGGGACGCGGUGGACAUUGGAAAAGAGGAGGAGGUGGAGGUGAUGCCGGCAGCUCGGGAGAACAGAGGGGACGCGGGAGAGGUGGCCAUCAUCGCGGAAGGGGCAAGAGAGACCACAGAGGCAGAGGGCAGUAUCAUGGUCCUCCUGCAGACUUCAGACGGAAUCAAGAUGAAGAUCAUGCUGACGAAAACAAGCCUGCGGAAGAGGAGAGCGACCCAAUCUUCCCUAGGAGAAAGCUUGAGUCCAAUUGGGUCCGUUAUGAGGAAUCAGAGAGGAAAGAAACAAAUGAAGAUGUUCCCACACAGAGAGGAACAGACUAUCAUGUCUUGCUCAGUUCAGCCGGCGACUCUUACACACAGUUCAGGUUCUCUGAUGAGAAGGACUGGGAGAUGGACUCGCUGGCAAUAAACCAGAUUCCAGGUCUGUUUAUAGAUCUGCCGGCUCUGUCGCAGAAGCUCGAAAUGCUUCCAUUGCACACACGACUGAACCUGGAGGCCGAGGUGGUUCAGGCGACUCCUGUUCAACUUCCAUCUAUGAAAAUGCCUCACAGAACAGACACGGCACCAGAAGGUAGACUGAAGACUCCUCAGGUGGGCGGCUUCUCAGGACUGGACAUUAACUGCACCGUAAAGUCUCUUUCAGUUACAACACCGUCUCCCACAGUCUCGACAACAAUCCAGCCUCCAAAAGAUGAUGUCGACAGGGAGCUCGACCUGCUCCUCAGUUUACAGAAUCCUAUUACAGAACUUGCUUCAGUUGAAUCCAAAACUGUGAUGGAUGAGACUCCAAACAACCCGGGGACAGUUUCAGUAAAGGAAGAGAAAAAGGAAGAAACAGUUGACGGGAAGGACACAAAGCCAGAAGCGGAGAAAGAAACUAAUUCCGCAAGACCGGAAUUGACAGAGAAAGAUCUGGAGGACUGGUUGGACAGCAUGAUCUCCUGACUUGUCUUGUUCCAGUGAUGUAAAUUGACGCGUCUAUCAUUGCUGACUGACAUUGUCGUGGAUAAAACAAGCAGAUGUGCUAAUGCUGACAUAACGCUGACGUGUCAUUAAACCAUGUAAAUAAAUGUUUACAUCAUGUUACAUAAUGGAUAAUGACACAAGACUAUAUCAGCCAUCUGGAAUAAUAAACGUUUCUUUUUUGUGUUGGCCUA